GUAAAAGUUAAUGUUUAUGUUCUUAAAGCUUAAACAUUUUCAGCUAAAUCUGACUCUCUUAAACUCUGGUGACUUUCCUUUUGCACUUCUUCCCAGAGUGUAGGAUGUGGUAAGUAUGUACAGGUAUAUAUAUAUAUAUAUUAUACUAUUUCUUGUUCCAGUCUGAAAAAAACUUAAGAAGUUUCCUUUAGCAAACUCAGAUGGCAGUAAAUGGGGUUUCUGAAUUUCAGACCUAUAGGUAUGCAUCUAACAAUGAAACAAUCUAAUCUGACAUAAAUAUAUAGGUCCCAGUGCCCAACUAAAGAUAGUCAUAAAAGCAGUCCGACUGAAAUGAGCAAUGACUAAUAUUUUCUUCCAGGUAUUUUUUUUUAAAAAGAACAACUUUAGACACAACCAUUUUUUUAAUGGAUCAGAGCAAACUCAGGUUGUGCAUUUAUACCUGAUUUGGUUAUCUUGCUCAGGAGACCAGACCCUGCCCACUGGACUUUUUGCUAUAAGAAAACAGAGCUGGAAAAUGCACUGGGAAGUGUGGUGUAACAAUUGCUUGAUGCAACACUAUAUGACAAAUCACCAAUAUUCAGUAAGCAGUUGACAUUAUCUACUCUCUGCCACCCACAAACAUAAAGUGUAGUUGAUGUUCGUGAGCAGCUAACUUUGGUGCAUUCCGGUCUACCACUAGCACACUUUAUCGAUGAGGUCCAUUGCAGGUGGUACUUUACACACAGUUAGCCUCCUAUUUUCAGCAUGAGACUGAAGGAACUAAUACUCUGAGCUCUUCUGCCCUGAAGAAAGGUCCUGGAUCUGGAGUGAAGUUGCAUUUCCAUUGCAUCGUUCCAGUUGCAUCGUUGCAUCCAUCUUUCUUUUUCAUAUACUACAACAUCAGUGUUCGUUUUGUUUUCUGUUCUUGAGCAGAAUUUGGAAUGUUCUUUUUUUUAUCCUUUUGGUUUUCCAUCAAGGCAAGAUCAUUCACGGCAGCUGCAAUGAAGCAUCUCUCCAGACUUUUAAAAUCUCUGAGUGCCUCCAAAUUGCCCUAUAGAAUUAAAAGUCAACCUUGCAGUGGAUCUCCAGAUUUGGAUUUCUCCGACUAUGAAGCUCUCUACAAGAAUGUGCCCGAACAUUUCAAUUUCGCAAGCGAUGUGCUGGAUAAAUGGAGCCAAAAGGAGAAGGUAUGAAACUCUGUCUGUCAUGAUUUCUUCCUAAUAUUAUCAAUCAAUCAAUCAAUCAAUCAACCAAUCAAUCAAUCUUUAUUACGGUCCAGAGACCCAACAAAUCAUUACAAAUCAAUACACAAUUUUGUUGCAUUGUGCAAAAUAUGAGCAGGCCAGGGCUGAACUGAUAUUACCCUUGCUGGUACCUUUCCCGGGAAAAUCAGAGGCUCACUAUGUCAGGUUCCUACUGGAAGACCGGACAAAUGCUAGAACGUUAGCAGUGGCAAAGUUUUUAUCGGUGGUUGCAAGAACAAAUGAGCCCUAUAUUCUAAACAAAAUGCUUGACUAAUAUUAUCAGCCAGCCUUUCUUUGCUGUUUACAGUCAACAGUCAUUGCAAAAAAAACAAUGAAUCCAGGUGGAAGUGAGCAUCAAUUUUCCGAUCCGCAAAUCAUCUAAACUUAAAAUUGUAAAAUUCCCUGAAUCUUUUAAAUUAAAAUGCCCCUUUGGCAAUCAACACUGUUUUUUUAAUAAAAAAAUACCGGUAGCUUUCUUACUGCUGGCACAUAUAACAUUACUCUAUAGGUAACAAAUGAAACCAUCUAAUAAUAUUAUGUCAUCCCAUAGACAGAAAUGCAUUACUACUGCAAUGCACUCUACGUGGGGCUACCUUUGAAGGUGACCCAGAAACUGCAAUUAAUCCAGAAUGCAGUAACUAGACUGGUGACUGGGAGUGGCCGCCGGGACCACAUAACACCGGUCCUGAGAGAUCUGCAUUGGCUCCCAGUACGUUUCCGAGCACAAUUCAAAGUGUUGGUGCUGACCUUUAAAGCCCUAAAUGGCCUCGGCCCAGUAUACCUGAAGGAGCAUCUCCGCCCCCAUCGUUCAGCCCAGACACUGAGCAUAGCUGUCAUCUUUCAGAUUUGAAAAUAAGGGAUCAGCAGCCUCACCUGUCCCGGGGACAGUCUACAGGAUAUCUAACAAUCCAGGAUAGCAGCGGGAAGCAGCAGGAAACGCACUGGAAUAAGGGAAUUUCCCGCAAAAAAAGGGGGAGGUUGAUAGCUAUGACACUGAGAUCCAGUGCUGAGGGCCUUCUGGCGGUUCCCUCAUUGUGAGAAGUGAGGUUACAGGGAACCAGGCAGAGGGCCUUCUCGGUAGUGGCGCCCGCCCUGUGGAACACCCUCCCAUCAGAUGUCAAGGAAAUAAGCAGCUAUCUUAUCUUUAAAAGACAUCUGAAGGCAGCCCUGUUUAGGGAAGUUUUUAAUAUUUAAUGCUGUAUUGUUUUUAACACUUGAUUGGGAGCCGCCCAGAGUGGCUGGGGAAACUCAGCCAGAUGGGCGGGGUAUAAAUAAUAAAUUAUUAUUAUUAUUAUUAUUAACCUUAGAAUGGACUUGAGCAACUGAUCAAAUCUCUCCAUCAUGUUAGUUCCUUAAUAAGGGUUACCCUCCUUUGAACUGCAGUAUUUCUUAGGACACAGUUGAUAGUGCUAUUAACUUAAUUCUAGCAUAAAGAAUACACCUGGACGAUACAUCAAUUUAAUAUGGCAUUCAUACCACUAUGGAGGAAGUGAAAAUAGAGGUGGGAGCAGGAAGCCGAUUCAGUUUGAAUUUAAAGGCAGACUUACAUCAUUUGCAUUUCCUGAAACAAGGUUCAAACCAAAUGCAGCCAUCCUUCAAAAUUUGCAAUUUUCCAAAUUUUGCAAUGUGGCCCUCCAGCCAAAUAGUUUGUAAAGACAUGCAUAUACUAGUUUAAAGCUAUUGGAUUAUAUUUUGGUGAAAAUAGCAUGCUAAUAUGCAUUAUAUGAGGGGAAAUUGCUUUCAAAAAUGUUUAUAUCAGGAUAAAUUUGUGCUAAAAUACUGGUGAAUUUUCAUGAGAAUUUAAAAAUAAAAAAACUGCAAACUGAUGGGGAAAUAUGGGAUCUUGCCAAGCCUAUCCACGUGGUUCAGAAUUAGAUCCCUGCCACUGUACUCAACAAGACUUUCUCCAAAAUAAGUUUGAAUUGGAAUGUGACGUCAGAAUAAAAGUUCAUUUCAUGUUCAUUGUUGUAUUUUACCUAUAGUUUGGUAAAUGUUAUGCCGACAUCUUUUGUAUGUUUGAUCAGUAUUUAUCGGUAUUUACUUGUGAAUGGCUUAUAUUCUUUUCUGUAAACAGCUUAGAGGCUUCUUGUUGUACAAACAGUAGAUAGAUUUUUGGGUAAAGGUUUCUACUCUGCAUGCAGAAGGUCCCAUGUUCAUUCCCCAGCAUCUGUCAGGCUUCAGGAAAUUGGCUCCCUGCCCCCCAUGGUAGUAGAUAAGCAGAACAAAGGAAAAGGAGUCUUCUUACCAGUUAGAAACUUUAAUAAUCACAGCGAGAGAACAAAGAAUGCAGCUCCUAGAAAGGGCGGUGCUCCCAAUUAAGGAUCACCCCCCCUUCCAUCCCUAUUAAUCUUCGUCAUUCCCACGUCUUGUAAUCUGAGCUUGUACCUGCUAAUAUUGUAACGUCUCAUUCUCACAUUGCAGAAUGUUGCGGGUUGCCUUUAAUUACUUACCGUAAUUUUUGCUCUAUAAGACUCACUUUUUCCCUCCUAAAAAGUAAGGGGAAAUGGAGUGAAUGAAGGCUGCGCAGCUAUCCCAGAAGCCAGAACAGCAAGAGGGAUCGCUGCUUUCGCUACACAGUGAUCCCUCUUGCUCUUCUGGCUUCUGGGAUUCAGAAUAUUUUUUUCUUGUUUUCCUCCUCCACAAACUAGGUGCGUCUUAUGGUCUGGUGCAUCUUAUAGAGCAAAAAAUACGGUAAUUGAUUUAUGAGAAUGGGAACUAUUUAAAUGUCUCCUCUCUCUCUGCUCCUCUGCUGAAGAAGAUGGAUGUGAGAGUCGUCUUGUUGUUUUGUUAUUUGCUUUAUAGAUAAAACCUUUGAUGUUACUAUUCCCACCACAGUUGCUUCUGCUGCAUUCUGCUGUAAAGGACUGAGUUUACUAUCUGCAAAAGGGCAUUUAAUGCUCACAGUACCCUCUGUGCUUUCUGUUCUGACACUUUCCGAGCCCUUCUUGACCUUGGGCUGAGCGGAGGAAUGCUGUCCAGAGACUGAGAAUCUGUUAACCCUCUUUCUUCCAGUGCUUCUUCUCCUAGCUGUUCCCCAUCCAGUAUUUCCCAGCUUCUGCCUUCUGAACUAUGCCCCUCUGCAAACCACUGUUCCAAAUCUAUACUGUCCUCUUGCUCCUGCGAAGAUUCAGGAGCAGGAGAAGGGGGAAACUCCCACCAUUCCUCCUCAGUACAGCCCUUCUCAGCAUGGUCCCUGACAGCAUCUCCACAUAAAGCUGGGAAAGACGUCCAUUGGAAACCCUGGAGGGCUGCUACCAGUCAAUGUAGAAGAUACUGAACUAUAUAGAUCUAUGGUCUGAAUCGGUAUCAGGCAGCUUCCUGUGUUGUAAAACGAAUAACUAUCCUCCAUAUACCUUUCCAUCUUUUGUACCUGAUAGGAUGGAAAGAGACCUUCCAAUCCCGCUCUUUGGUGGGUAAGUGGGAAAGGUGAGGAGGUGCGGUGGAGCUUUGAGGAGCUGGCAUUCUUAUCCAAGAAAUCAGCCAACGUCCUCUCCACAGCCUGCAAUCUGCAGAAGGGAGAUCGAAUCAUCAUCCUCCUCCCCAGGGUGCCUGAGUGGUGGCUGAUCAGUGUGGGCUGCAUCAGAGCAGGUCAGUCAGCUCCUCUCUGUGCUAGGAACCGACAGAAAGAUCCAUUUUUUGCUGUGUCUUCCUCUCCUCUCUUUUUAAUCACACUUUGUUUUGCUCCUAGGUGUCACCUUCAUCCCAGCCAUGACCCUGUUGACUGCUAAGGACAUCUUGUACCGGCUCCAAAAGUCUCGGGCCAAAUGUAUAGUAACAAACGACGCCUUGGCACCAUUGAUCGACUCUCUUGCAUCUGAUUGCCAGUUCCUGAAAACUCGGAUGUUGGUCUCCAAAGGCACCCACAGAGAAGGAUGGCUGAACUUCCAUGACCUGCUGAAGUGAGAAUCUCUGCUGCCUUGUUAAGCAAGUCAGGGAUAAGUCAAAGAGUGAGAUACAGAAAAACCUGCAAUCUUCAUCCUCUAGACAGGAGAUAAAGGAGAUAAGUAACUAUACAGCUUUUAGAAGACAUCUGAAGGCAGCCCUGUAUGGGAGAGUGUUGUUUUUUUUACAUGUUUAAUGUUUUAUUGUGUUUUAAUAUACAGUCGUACCUUGGAAGUCAAACAGAAUGCAUUCCAGAAGUCCGUUCAACUUCUAAAAUGUUUGGACACCAAAGUGCGGCUUCUGAUUGGCUGCAGGAAGCUCCUGCAGCCAAUCGGAAGCCACAGAAGCCCCAUCAGAUGUUUAGCUUCCAAAAAUAGUUCACAAACCAAAAGAGACACUUCCGGGUUUGCGGCAUUCAGGAGCCAAAACGUUCGAGAACUAAGCCGUUUGGAAACCAAGGUAUGACUGUAUGUUGGAAGCCACUCAAGGUGGCUGGGGCAACCCAGUCAGAUGGGAGGGGUAUACAUUAUUAUUAUUAUUAUUAUUAUUAUUAUUAUUAUUAUUAUUAUACCAGGGAGGUGGCCAUGGUGAUAUUGCUUCCAGAUGUUGUGCCCCAGGCACCAUGGUCAAUGUUCGGGGUGAUAGAUAUUGUUGCCCUGCAAUAAAUGGAGGGUAUGAGGGAUUUGGCCUGGAAAACAAUAAAGAAAAUAACCAGUGCUUGCAAAACCUUGUCACCCAUUCAGUAGGGCUGGCCUGAUACAUUUUUUCUGCUGGAGAAGAACAAGAUCAUGCAAAGGGAUGGGGAGGAAUCUGGUUUGCUUCAGAUUUUAGUGUGAAACUACCUAAUUCACAAUUUCUGAAACAAUAUAUGAACUCAAAGGUAGCCGUUUUCAACUUCUCUGAAAAUUGUGAUGCAAUUGUCCCACCAAAUACUGUGUACAGAAAUGCAUACAGCGUGUGCAUAAAUAUGCACACAUUGGUGAAAAUUACAGCCACAAACCAUUGUGUGAGGAAACAUCACUUGCAAAAAUGGGCCAAACAGGCAAAGGUGUGUGCAAAAAAUAUGUAUUUUGAGAGAAAAUGUCCACUAAAACCUUGGGAGAAUUUUCACGAGGGCUUAAAAAAAAUAUCACAAACUGAUGCAGAACUUAAGACUAGAAGAAUGAGAAACUGAUGUAGAUCAUAAUGGAGUCUUAUGGACGAGGGCUCUGUACUGCAACAUUUUGCUGCAGGUCCCACAUAUUCAUUUUCUCAUUUGUAGUCUGGUCAUGCACACCAGAAGCCAAAUCCCCAUGCUACUCAAUUAGUAUAAAAAUGCCUCUCAUAAACGAAUAAAAAUAAAAUUGACCAACAACAAGUUCAGGACAAAGGAAAGCAUUACAUAACAGAACCACUUAUUGGAUGCUACCAGAUGUUGUGGGAGAUGUUCCCUCUAUUUCUACUGUUCAGAGAUGAGUGUUGAUCUUUACAUAGCCAAAACAGCUCUAUCCAUGCACAAAGUGGAAUGCUUCUGUAACUGAACCAUUUGGUAACAGACACAUCCAAAUCCUAAAAGAAUUUCACAAUUUGAGCUUGCAAGAUCAUAAACCAUUUUGACCACACCUAGUCCACUUUUACAUACCUGCUUCUCUACUUUAAAGAGCUGCAGGUGAUGAUCACCAGCCUGUUAAAACAAGGAGUGAAGAUCCAAUGAUCAUCUACUUCACCAGUGGAACCACGGGUUAUCCCAAAAUGGUGGAACAUUCCUGCAGCAGCUUGGGGAUUGGACUAGCAAGUACCGGAAGGUAUCUCCUAUCCCUUUCUAAAUCUUCAGGUGCGGGAAACACAAGAGAGAGUCCUAUAUGAGGGUUGAAGAGUGACAAUUUCAUUGUGGCAGAAGUCAUCAUGUGCAGUAACUAUGGCCUCCCCAAAAAGCUUAAACCACAAUAAAGUGUCAAUCCACAGACACCCAAAGGAGGGCAGCUGGACACAGCUGGGGUGGCUUGCUGGUGUUAUUAUGCAAAUCUAUAGUGUGACCACACUUGGGGUGCUAUGUACAUUUCUGGCCACCUCACCUCAAAAAGGAUAUUGUGGAACUGGAACAUGUUCAGAACGUUAAAAGGAACCUGCUAGAACAGGCCAUUGUGUCCAGUCCGAAGCCCAUAAGAAGCCUCCAAGCAGGAUCUGAGUGCAAUAGUCCUUUCCCUACUUGUACUUCCUAGCAACUGGUAUUCAGAGGUGUGCAGUCUUUAGACAAGCCUUAUCCUCUGUGAAGAUGUCUAAUCCUUUUUUAAAGCAAUUGAGGUUGGCGAACAUCUCACCAAACAUUGCCAACACAGCUAAUCACAGUUUCAGGAAGGUUGUUUAAAUCUGAGAUAUUGCCCAACCUUGAUCAGCUUAAAGUCAUUCCCCCCCACCCAAACCCCACAUCCCAGCAGUUGCUGUUCUUUAAGUCUUAAAACCAAAAGAUCUGACCACAUAUGACUUUGUAUUACAUCUCAUGUGGCCCUCAGACAUUGGCUAUUUAAUUAAAUGUAAUUCUAGGGCACCUAUCAUAGAACUGUAGAGUUGGCAAGAGUCUCUAGUCCAAUUUCCUACAAUGCAGGAAUGUCAGUUAAGCAUCCAUGGCAGAUGGCCAUCCAACCUCUGCUUAAAAACCUCCAGAGUCCACAACUUCCUGAGGGAGUCUGUUGAACAGCUCUUACCAUCACAAAGUUCUUCCUGAUGUUUAGUCAGAAUCUCAUUUCCUGUGACUUGUAGCCAUUGGUUUGGGUCUUACCCUCUAGAGAAGGAGAAAACAAGCUUGCUCCUUCUUCCAUGUGACAACCCUUUAGAUAUUUGAAGAUGGCUAGCACAUCGCCUCUCAGUCUCCUCUUUUUCAGGUUAAACAUACCCAACUCCCACAACCGUUCCUCAUAGGGCUUGGUUUCCAGACCCUUGAUCAUCUUGGUUGUCCUCCUCUGUACAUGUUCCAGCUUGUCAACAUCCUUAAAUUGUGGUGCCCAGAAUUGGACACAGUAUUCCAGGUGUAGUCUGACCAAGGCAGAAUAGAACAGCACUAUUCCUUCCCUUGAUCUGAACACUAUACUUCUGUUGAUGCAGCCUAGAAUAUUAUUAGGUCUUCUUCUUUUCUUCACAUGUACAGCUGACAAACCAAGUGUUCCCCAUCUUAUACUACACUUGUUUGCCUCCUUAUUAACAGGAACUGGAUGGACCUGAAAGCUUCAGAUUUGAUGUGGGGUUUCUCCGACCCAGGCUGGAUCAAAUUUGCCUUCAGCAAUUUGUAUCCUACAUGGAUGCUAGGGGCAUGUGUCUUUCAGCAUGGCAUGUUCCAGUUCGAGCCAACAACCGUUCUCAAUGUAAGGCUAACAUUGCCCUAUUCGAAAGGCAGAAAGCAUGUAAAAUAUAAGAUGUGUGAGACCUCCUGAAUCACAUGAUGCAUUUGGAGUGUGUGUGCUUUCCCCCCCUAGACUCUCUCCAAGUAUCCAGUGACGAUAUUCUGUGGCACCCCAACUAUUUUCCGUAUGCUUCUGCAGCACGACGUUAGCAGGUACAACUACCUGGCUGUGGUUUCUAGAACUCCACCCUAGAGUAACUUGAUUCCUGUUUGUUUACCUCACUUCAAAGUCACUCUGCCUGGCUUGAGUCCAGUGAUGGCUGGUGCCUGUCGGAACUGGUUGGGCAAAAGACAGGGAGGCCAACAGUAGGUGGAGCCAAAGAGAAAAAACUCCCCUACUGGUUCUAAGUAAGAACUCUAUGGGAGAUGACUGAGGGUAGACUUUGAUGGGGCACUGCACAAUUUGCCUGAAUAGACCAGCCUCUGCUGGCUGACUCUUUCAUUGUCCUUCCCCUUUUCAAUUUUACCUCUAUGUCUAUAAAAUUCUCAGAGUGUGGAUCCAGCUGAGGCCAAAUUGGCGCCACUCAUUCUUUGCUUUUCCAUGUGUUCUAGAUAAAAGUCAGAUCUGGUAGAAUUAAAAUGGUUGUCUCUUUUUAGGAAGACUAAAUGUUUCUUCAUAUCCUUGUUCAGAUACCAGUUCAAGAGUCUGAAACGAUGCCUGAGUGGUGGGGAGCCAACCAACCUUGAAGUGAUUGAGCAGUGGAAAGCUCAUACAGGAAUAGUAAUCAGUGAAGGCUAUGGGCAAACAGAGACUGUAUGUUUGCAUUCAGACACAAACAUAUAUGCCAAUGAGCAACAGAAGCCUAUCAAAUCUGUAUGCAUGCUUCCCCCCCCCCAAACUCCCCAACUUUGAUAUGUCCCUCAGUCCAUAUUGAUCAUACAUAAUUCUUAUGCAGUACAUUCAUGAUUUGCCUGCACAGGUAGAAAUGGGGGGAAAUUGACACCCAGAAGCCCAGGCUCAAUGUGAUGCCAAGAAUAUCUGAUUGGGUGGGGUGAGGGAAUGGAAUGGAAUACCCUGUAAAAGAAUGUGGCUGUUGUUUUUUGGAAUCCUUUGCAAGAAGACUUCACGGUGCAAUUUUUUUUGCAGGUCCAGCUUGCAUGAUCCUUCCCCAAAUCGGUAAAGAGGCAGAUGGUUAAAGUCAACUAAAAUUUAUCUGAUUCACUAAAAUCCAUAGUUACACACACACACACAGAGAGAGAGAGAGAGAGAGAGAGAGAGAGAGAGAGAGAGAGAGAGCUGAUUGCACAUCUACCUUUUUUUCCUCAGACCAUACUUUGUUCAACCCCGAAGGAUAUGAAAGUCAAGCCGGGGUUUAUUGGACCAUCAUCUCAUCCCUUUGAUGUCCAGGUAGGCAUGUUUAUAACACAGGGGAGCCGUAAUGGUCAUCUUGGUUGUAACAGCCCAUGUUGUAUGAUUUAAUAUCACGAUACCAUAUUCUAGUAAAACUUAACACUCAGCUAAAAUGACAAAAUGGAAAAGCUUGCAUAACCCACCCUUGUUUAUCUUUCUUUCUAGAUAAUAGAUGAACAUUGCAAUCGCCUGCCUCCUGGGGAAGAAGGAGACAUUGCUGUUAAAAUCAAACCCAAAAGGCCCUUGGGUCUCUUCUCUGGCUACUUGGUAAGGAGCAUAGGUGCCAACUCCCUGAGGCCCUGGGCACCCACAAAUUUCAGUGCCAAGGCCAUGCAUGCUGCAUGGAACCCAAGGCCCCAGGCACCCACGGUCGCAGGGCCAAGCUGGCACUCCUGGUAAGGCGGGACCCUUUCAAAUGGUUGGGCAUUAUUCAAGGAAUAUAUGAUCAUGAGUGUUUCCUCAGCAGACACUAGGAGGACAAAGACUUCACCAAGACCUACUGGCUUCAUUUUUCUGCAUUCUUGCUUCAUGCACUGAGGGUUUUUUUAAUAUUUUGGUCCAUUUUUGUUCAUUCAUUUAAGGUCCCAGGGCAGGUGGCAAAAAUAAAAUACACAAUUAUAAGACACUUGUGACCAAAAAGCAAACAACUUAAAAACAAUUCCCUAUAUCAAAACCAUUCAAGAAUGUAAAAGCAAUCAAUUUCACCUCUAGAACCAUUUAAAAAAUAAUAAUAAUAAUAGUUCCAGUACAGAUGUCAAUUGAGGUAAGAAAUAUAUCCAUUUAAAGGACUGUUGAAAGAGGAAGGUCUUUCAAUGCUUGUGGAGGCUGCCUUCCUGGAAAGAAGUUUUUGGAUGAAAGUGUAAUUUAUGGAUUCUUAAAAGUAAGUAAGUAAAAGUUUUAAAGGGGUAUUCACCAAAUUCAUGGAGGGUGUAAUUAUUAUUAUUUGUUGCUUUCCACAAUAAAAUGACUCAAAUUGACUUGCAAAGCCAUAAUAUGACCAUCAGUUGAUGGGAGCAGCAAUGGGAGUGUGUACUGAAUUGGAAAGACCUUUGAUCUGAUCCAGCAGGACUCUUUGAGAAUGAUAUUGACAAAUGUAUGAAUGUUGUGGAGAUGGGAGAGACUGAGACAUCAUUAAGCCCCAGCUUAAGGCCCCUGCUUUCUUGCGUACAUCUUUGAAAUCUCUGGAAAACCAAAGGUGAGAGCCAACUCCUCACCCACCAAAAAAACCACACACACACACACACUGAAUUUGUUGUGGCAGGAGAACAUUCUGUCUGUGUUUCUAGAUCUGCGACAGGCCCUUCACAAGGGCAGGACACCCCUUGAAGUUGCCGGAAUCGAGAGAUGAAUGUUUCCCUCUUUGGCUUUAGUGAUCUCUGCUGCAUUGUUCUUAGGAUGACCCUGAGAAAACAGCCUCGACAGAACGUGGAGACUUCUACAUCACUGGGGACCGAGGGAUCAUGGAUGAAGAUGGCUACAUCCGGUUUGUGGCAAGAGCUGAUGAUGUCAUCUUAUCUGCUGGGUAAGCCUAUUUUAUGGGCACUUGGAAGGACUAUUUAUUUACAGCAGAGGUGGGGAACAUUUUUCAAUCUGAGGGCCACAUUUCUUCCUGAUGACCUUCCAGAGGCCACCUGCCAGAGGUGGGUAGGUCCAGAGGCAAAAGGAGGUGGAGCAACAAAUGUACAUUUUACCUAAAGCAGGUUAGUUUCUGCACGUAUUUUCAAACACCCUUCUUUAGCUUCCAUCCAGGAAAGCAAGAGGCAUUAAAGGUAAAGGGACCCCUGACCAUUAGGUCCAGUCGCGGACAACUCUGGGAUUGAGGUGCUCAUCUGGCUUUAUUGGCCGAGGGAGCCGGCGUUUGUCCGCAAACAGCUUCCGGGUCAUGUGGCCAGCAUGACUAAGCCGCUUCUGGUGAACCAGAGCAGCGCACAGAAACGCCGUUUACCUUCCCGCUGGAGCGGUACCUAUUUAUCUACUUGCACUUUGACGUGCUUUCGAACUCCUAUGUGGGCAGGAGCUGGGACCGAGCAACGGGAGCUCACCCCGUCACAGGGAUUCGAACUGCCGAACUUCUGAUUGGCAAGCCCUAGACUCUGUGGUUUAACCCACAGCGCCACCCGCGUCCCUGCAAGAGGCAUUAUUGGUGUUCAAAGUCACAUUCUAGCAAGGCAAAAGCACUCAAGGAGGAUGCAAACCAGGGCUGGCAAGGAGUGUGGCCUGGGGAGAGUCCUGGGGGCCAAAUGGAGAGGCCUGCAGGGCUGUGUCUGGCUCCUGGGCCUGAGGCUCCCCACUCCCAAUUUACAUCAUGCAUACAGGUCACCCCAUGCACACCAGUCUCUGGGCGACUCUCAAACAUGAAACAGUAAAAUACCAUGUUAAAAAAUUGUUGGCAGAGAUCAAACUGGUUUCACACCACAUGUGAACAGUGGCAUACCUGUCAACUGCCCCAGAAAAACAAUGUUUUGAAAGGUUAUAAAUAUAAAAACUGUCAGGGACUGGGCUGAGGUGGAAUGGUGGAGACCGUCUCCCCAGCCUGACCUUUCCAGAGAAGAAGAAUACAGUUCAGAAUUACAACAGGGGUUUGAGGGAGGUCACAGCUCAGAGGUAGAUGAGGGGAGAAGUUGGGAAAUAAUGGGAGAGGAGGAGCAGGCAGAGCAGGAGCAGCUGGCUGACAUGUUGUCACUAGAAAGCAUUCCAGACCCACCAUCUCCCAGAAACCGGCGAGCCUUAAAAGUAGGAGAGCAAAGAUCUCAAAGACAGGCACCCAUAGAGGAGGUGGGAGAGAAGGGGGGUGGAGAUUCACUGGGACAAAGCCAUUAUCCAAGAGGCUGUGUUCCAAAGCCUCUCUCUGUAAAUACUGAAUAAAAAGCGGAUGGUAAGAAACUUUUCUUUGUCUUUGUACAUUCCCGGGCAACCAGCCAUGGGAGUUGCUGGCAGCCACCUGGCAAAAACCAAUUCCAAACAACAUACUUCAAAUCAACUCAAAUUCAGAGCAGAGACAGACUUUAGAAGACAUGUGGAAAGGAGUAAACAUAUCGGUAUGUAAUGAAUGAAGCUUUGCAGGGUUAAAGAAAGAGAAAAAUGGCAUAAAAAGUAUAAAGAUCUACAUUAGACACAACAACUUAGAAAGAGUAAAAAUGUCGAGGUCUUAGAACAAAGGAAGGAAGUCAAUAUGUGUAUAUGUAUGUAAUGAUUAGAUUAGAGUGAUGAUAUGGUUUUAUUUGUAGAUGUGUGUUUUUGUUUUUUGUGUUCUUUUUUCUCUUGUGUUUUGUUGUUUUUUUCUUGUUUGUACUGUUUCAUUUUGGAUUCAAUGUUUGUAAUUUUUGUUGUAAUUUUGCAUUGAUUUUUUUAUAAAAAAGAAGGCUUGUGGAAAGAGGAGCAAGUUUGGCAGGCUCCCAAAAAGGACUUUUCUCCAAACCAAGAUACUGUAUCCCAAAUGUUAUAACCUUUCCUAUUAGAGGAAUUGCUCUAUCAUCUUCAUUGUAUUUGUUGCCUUUCUCCAAUUCUGCGGUAUCUUUUUUGGGGGUGAAGCAUCCAGAAAAGAAUUUAACUUACGCCUCUCAGUAUGCAAAGCAUGUCUCCUCAUGUUGAGCUAUGGCCCCUCCUUGUUAGGUAUCGUAUUGGGCCCUAUGAAGUGGAACAUGCCUUAAUGGAACACCCAGCAGUGGCAGAAUCGGCCGUUGUCAGCAGUCCAGAUCCCAUCAGGGGAGAGGUAACAUGAAAUGGACCACCAUCCACAGUCAGCACCUGGACAGCAGACUGAGCAGGCAGACAUGUCACUUGGUGACAAUUUCCUAUUCCCCACCCUCCUUAUGAUGAGAUGCACUGUAUUUCUACUCAAACAAUGCCUCUUAUUACCAAAUUUGCAUGAAUACAUAUCCAUUCACAUAUAUCCAUUCACUGCACACAGGUGGUGUAGUGACAAUAAAGGUUUAUUAUUAUUAUUAUUAUUAUUAUUAUUAUUUCCAUUUUUAUGCGAAAUCUUGUAGGUUGUGCAAGUGUUGAUUGUGGCCUUUCUUUUAUUUUUUUGGGGUGGUAGGUUGUAAAAGCCUUUAUCAUCCUGUCGCCUGCCUACGAGUCACGAGAGAAAGACCAAUUAAUUUGUGAGCUGCAGGACCAUGUCAAGAAGACAACAGCUCCCUACAAGUACCCCAGAAAGGUAAGAAGAGGGUUCGCUGUUCCUGGGCAUCAGUCUUGAGGCUGGAUUUAACAACAGGCAACACCAGCCAGCAGCCUUGGGCGGAGGUAUAGCCUGCCAACUUCAACAUUUGAACUGCCCAGUCAUGUUCAGGUGGGGAGGAGCAGCCUGAGCAACGGACCAAAGUCAGGAAGUCUUCACUCCAGUCUGCUGUCUAGGAAUAAAAGCCUUGGACACUCAGUACAGUUGUCCAAAGAGUAGCCGUCCCUCCCUCCCCUCACGCUGCUGUUGUUUAACAUGUAAUCAAGCACAACUCUGUAUACAUGAUGAGAGUGUCUUGCACGCUAAAUAGCUCAACACAGCUCCAAAUAAUGCAAGCUCAAAUAAUAUAUAUAAAUAUACAGUCUCAAAUCAGUCUUGAAGAGAUAUAUACAAUCGUACAAAUUACUAUUCAAUGCCACCAGGUUCAAGAGUUCAACUGCAAUUUACUGAAGGCCAGGGUGCAGGUUCUCUGCGUUAAAUCUUGUAGAUAAGAAACUGUGUACGAGGAGGACUCUGACAACGAGACGUCUGGGUAAAAUCUCUGUCUCGUCUUCCUCCUUCAGGUCGGUCCAAGUACACUGACGAACAGGCAACUUUAUGCUCACAAUUAGGUCAUGUCCUGCCUUGCGUGGGCACUCAGCUUCUGGUAAAAUGCUGUUUAGCAUGUGUCUUAACCUUGCUUUUGCUUCCAGGUGCACCCUGUGUAUUGACCUUGCUAUGGUUUGAAAUAAUAGUAAUAGUAAUCUUCUGGGAGCAAAUUCCACAGCUUAUGUAUGUACUGUAUGAAGAAGUACCUCUUAUUAUCUGUCCUGAAUCUUCAAACAUUCAGCUUCAAUGGAUCACCCUGAGUCUAAGUCAUUUAAACACUUCUAUCAUCGUUUCCCCUGGGAAAGGAAUGACUACAGUGACCAAUAAAAUGUGCUCAUCUCUCUCUCUCUCUCUCUCUCUCUCUCUCUCUCUCUCUCUCUCUCUCUCUCCUUGAUCUUUCAAAACAGAUAGAGUUUGUUCAAGACCUGCCCAAGACAAUUUCUGGAAAAAUCCAAAGGAAACAGCUGAGGAAGAAGGAGUGGGAGAAAGCCUAACAGGACUCUGAAACCAGCAUGAAAGGACUGGUUUUUAUUUGUCUCAAUAGUCUCAGAGGUAGAUGAUAGAUAGAUAGAUAGAUAGAUAGAUAGAUAGAUAGAAGCCAUCAGGGACAAAUUAGACAUCACCAAUCACCUAUCAGCAUAUGGUAGCAUUAAAGGGUUUCUGACUAUGCAUGAAGCUUGACGUCAGUGCUUUCCAAAUCACUUCAAGGUUGGAUUACUGUAAUGCACUCUGUGUGGGGCUUCCCUGGCACCUGACCCAGAAACUGCAGCAAGCCCAGAAUUCUGCAGCAUGGUUGCUGACAGGAGUAAAACUCCAUCUACAUAUGACACCUCUGCUCAGAAAUCUGCUCUGGCUGCCCAUUGGUUACUGCGACAAGUUCAAAGGCGUAUAUUAAGCCCGUAACAGUUUGGAACCAGUUCGUUUGUUAGAUCACCUUACCCCAUAGAUGACCACGCAAAUUACCCCUACACCUAAUCUUUCCUAUCACCUCCUUUAAGUAGAGAUUCCGUUUGUCUGCACCUCCUGCAUGCACAACUUGUGCCAGUGGCGAACUUUGGGCUUUAAAAUUUCAGCUGCGCUCUGUGCAAUGCCAAAAUUUGGCACUCCCCAUGCCUUCCGUUGUGCAUCAAUGUUUCAGCACCCUCUCGACUCAGCACCCAAUGCAGGCGAACCAGUCAUGCUCCCCUAAAUCCGCCUCUUCGUGUGCCCAACUUCUGCGCUGUGAUUCCUUACUGAAUAUACUUUAAUAAUGGGCAGUGGAACCCAAUCAUCCAUUUCUUAAUCUGUUCAAGGUUACAGUUGCAAAAACAAAAUAAAAAAGAGCUCCGUUCAUUGCCAA